AACUGGGAAAAUGUCAACUCUGUCGGAAUGAAAUUCAGGUAUUAAGAAUUUGCAAAUUUGAGAAAAUAAAGCUUUAAAAUUCACACAACACAUAAAUUGAAGCGACAAAAGUAAAGCCCAUUGAAAAUACAAUAGACAAAUAUUCCACAUAGUGUAUUGGAACAUCAUUUAACUGGUCAGGACAAAGUAAUUAUUCUAUUAAUCCCUGCAAGUCAUUUGGAGCAAUGGGCGACUACGAUUCGGAUGAAGAGACUUCGCAGGUGGAGAAACUCCGUCAUGCUAAAGUACCACGCGGGAUGUUUGUCAGCGGCUGGGACGAUGAUGCCGAUGAACUAAUCGAAGAGGAUAAAAAUCCUCAAGCCAGCAUUGAGCGCAUGAUUCUGUGGGCUGUUAACGAGAAUCGUCUGAGUGAAGUUCGCGAGAUACUCAAAUUGGAUGCUGAAACUGCUAAUGCACGGGAUAACGAUGGAUAUACGCCUCUGCAUCGAGCCUGCUAUAACAACUUCAUCGACAUUGCCAAGCUACUGCUCCAGUAUCAGGCCAAUCCAAAUGCCCGCACUGAAAUGGGUUGGACACCCUUACAUUCGGCUUGCAAGUGGAACAACGCCGAUUGUGCACAACUUUUGCUACAAUUCGGGGCCGAUGUCAAUGCCGAUUCUGAUGGCAAACAAACUCCUCUACACAUUACGGCCACGGUUUCAAAUUGCCGGAAUACGGCAACUGUUUUACUAUUGGAUCGCUAUAUAAAGGGUAGAAAGGAGAAUGUUUCCGAGGACACAGCUGCUGUAAUUGCUCGUCGUACGGGCAUGAGUUAUCCCAUCUUCGAGAUCUCCCAUGAAGCCUAUGAUUGUGAGACGGGACUGAUAGAUUAACUAAACCAUGGUAUUAUUAAUUAAUGUUAAAAAAUAGUCUAUUAAAAUUGUUUACUGUA